AUGCUCCUCAAAGUUGCUUCCUCUUCUUCUUCGUUAUCGCUCGUGAAUUUCCAUGGCGGGAUUAAGGAUGUUUCUCCUCUGUUAUCCUCCGUUUCGUCUCCAAUCGAUUACUCCUCGAAUCUUCGAGCUUCUUCUGGAAAAUCCGGAAGCCUAUCUUUCUCCGUUCGCGCAUCCAAAAAGUCAACCACCGACGCUCUAAGCGGCGUCGUUUUCGAGCCGUUCGAGGAGGUGAAGAAGGAGCUCGAUCUCGUCCCAACCAGCUCUCAUCUCUCACUCGCUCGACAGAAAUACUCAGACGAGUGCGAAGCCGCCAUUAACGAGCAGAUCAAUGUGGAAUACAAUCUGUCGUAUGUGUAUCACGCUAUGUAUGCUUACUUCGAUCGGGAUAACAUCGCGCUCAAGGGUCUUGCCAAAUUCUUUAAGGAAUCGAGUGUGGAAGAAAGAGAGCACGCUGAGAAGUUAAUGGAGUAUCAGAACAAACGUGGUGGGAGGGUGAAGUUACAGUCGAUUGUGAUGCCUCUCACGGAGUUUGAACACGUUGACAAGGGAGAUGCUCUGUAUGGCAUGGAGCUGGCUCUGUCACUGGAGAAACUAGUUAACGAGAAGCUCUUAAACCUACACAGUGUUGCUUCCAAGAACGGAGAUGUCCACCUGGCAGAUUUUAUUGAGAGCGAGUUCUUAAACGAGCAGGUGGAAGCAAUCAAGAAAAUCUCAGAAUAUGUAGCUCAACUACGAAGAGUUGGAAAAGGACACGGAACAUGGCAUUUCAAUCAGAUGCUACUCGAAGGUUAA